UCUAGUGGACGGGACGUUUCAUCAACAACAACAGCUAGUCGGCCACCUCCGUAGCUUUCUAGCAAACAUAGCCGAAACAUUGAAGCUCUUUAGACUGUCUCAGUGUUUUAAACAGAGUUUCGUCGAUUAGCUAGUUACUUUAUUUAAUGUUAUAUGUACAUUGUUAGUAAAUUGUUAGUCAGCUAGCUGGCUUGAUAAGUUAGCCUAGCACUAGGCUAGUCGCUAAUGCUACCUAGCUAACAUCCCCGACCAUGAGCUCACUAAACUACUCUCCUGCUAAAGAAGAGAUCUGCUGGACGGAGAAAGAGGGUCUGUGGCUGAACAUUGUCGUGAAAGAUGAGGAGGAUGUUACAGUAAAACAAGAGGAAGACGCGUUCAGAGUGAAAGAGGAGGAGGAGGAUGUUACAGCAAAACAAGAGGAAGACGCGUUCAGAGUGAAAGAGGAGGAUUUUACAGAGAAACAAGAGGAAGACGCGUUCAGAGUGAAAGAGGAAGAGGAUGUUACAGUGAAAGAAGAAGAUGAAGAGCAAGAGGAGGAUGCAGGGGAGGAGGGGGAGAUGACUGUCACAUUGAAAGAAGAAGACGAUGAGGAGACAGAAGAUCUGAUUAAGACCAGAGAGAAAUCAGACUCUCACUCUGACAGCGAAAAGAGUCCUUCAGGGGGACCAGACCCAGUAACACCCAAACCAGUGAGACAACACCACUGCUCCCAAUGUGAAAAGAGAUUUUCCCUAUCAUGGGACCUAAAACGGCAUGAGAGGAUACACACAGGAGAAAGGCCUUUCCAAUGUUCCCAGUGUGGAAAGAGUUUUACUUUGUUAGGAAACCUGAGGGAGCAUAAGAGAAUACACUCUGGAGAGAAACCGUACAACUGUUCCCAGUGUGGAAAGAGUUUCGCCUGGUUAAGGAGCCUGAAGGAGCAUGAGAGGAUACACACAGGGGAAAAGCAUUUCCAAUGUUCCCAUUGUGGAAAGCGUCUUAACCGCUUAAGGAGCCUGAAGGAGCAUGAGAGGAUACACACAGGGGAAAAGCCUUUCCAAUGUUCCCAGUGUGGAAAUAGUUUUACCUGCUUAGGGAGCCUGAAGGCACAUGCAAGGAUACACACAGGGGAAAAGCCUUUUCAAUGUUCCCAGUGUGGAAAGCGGUUUACCCAGUUUGGGACCCUAAAAGAGCAUGAGACAACACACACAAAAGAAAAGCCCUACCAAUGCUCCCUGUGUGGAAAGAGUUUUAUCAAUUUAAGACGUCUGAAUAAGCAUGCAAUAAUACAUACACAGGAGGAGAAGACAUACCACUGCUCUCAGUGUGGAAAGACAUUUUCCCAGUCAGAGGACCUGAAAUCACAUGAGAGAAUAGAGAGGCUGUGUUCUGACUUAUGUUUUUGACCUGAGAAUUUAGGUUUUUGUUUCUGCCAAAUGAAAUCAUAUAGUUUAUCUGAAAUAAUUAACAAAAUAGACCUACUUUUGUUUUAGUUUCCAUCUGGAGAUGAUAAAUACCAUACAAUGUGUUUGAUUAUCAACUUUAAUCCAUUGCAAACAAGUAUAAACCCUCUAAUAUUGUUCAUUAUAUAUUUGGGAUAUUGCUAAAUGUUAAUUACUAUAUAGAUGAAUGGAGUUUUGGAUUUCUUGAUUCUAACCUUUAAACCUCUUGGAUUUGAUCUGGCUUUCGCUAAAUGAAUUUGAAUACAUGAUUUAGAUAUUGAAUAGAUUAAUAGAAUGUGCAUUUCUUGAAUUUAGUCGUUUUGUUUCAUUGAGUUAAUUUGUGUAUUAGUCAUCAAGCUAAAGGACUAUGAAAAUGUGAUGGUGUUUUUAUAAUAAAGUUGUUGACAUGAAAAA